AUGUUCGCGGUGAAAGAUCUCCUGCUCAACCUCGUGUUGAGCGGAGUCAUUCUGGUUUUCUCUCGCUUCAUCUGGAAUUACCUGCGCUCCCCGCUGAAAUCGUUCCCCGGGCCCUCGGUAGCGGCCUUCACCAAUAUCUGGCGGUUCCAGGAUGUCUUCAAGGGUCGAUGUGAUCUCACGCACCUGAAGCUUCACCGGAAGCUUGGACCUGCCGUUCGCAUGGGGCCGAAUGUUCUCAGUCUGUCCGACCCGAAAUUGAUCAGCCAAGUGUACGCAACCAAGAACCCCUGGGUCAAGAGUGAUAUGUACCAUGUGAACGAUUCAGUGGUGGACGGGGUACGGCUCAAGAACUUGUUCUCACACCAGGAUGAAAAGUGGCACACGACAUAUAUCCGCCCCGUCAAGGGCCUGUACUCCAUGACCAAAGUCCAGGAUAUGGAGCCCGGUGUUGAUGUAACCAUCAAUCUGUUUAUGGAAACAAUCAAGGAAAGAUUUAUCAGCACAGGGAAGCCGUGUGACUUGUCUGAAUACAUCAACUUUUUCGCAUGGGAUGUCAUGAGCCAGGUCACCUUCUCCGAGGACUUGGGGGUUUUGAAGGCAGGAAGCGAUCAUCAGGGUCUGUUGGAGACGUCCAGCAAAGUCCUGGACUACUUUGCCUCAGUCUGCCAAAUCCCCAAGUUGGAUAUGCUUCUGGAUAAAAACCCGAUCUGUCGCGUUGGUCCUCCUAGCUUUGGAUGGGGCAUUGGAUUCACUCUCCAGCAGUACCAGAAACGACUGGCCCAAGGACGCCCCUCGCCUAACCCCGACUUCAUGGAUAAGUUCCUGGAAGCCAAGGACAAGAACCCGGACGUUGUCAACGACAACGUUGUUAUUAUGUACCUGCUUUCCAACGUGAUUGCCGGUAGCGACACAACUGCCAGCACGAUGUGCUCCGCUGCAUACCAUGUUCUGAAGAACCCGCGAGUCCAUCAAAAGCUGUGCCACGAGCUCCGCUCAGCCAAUCUGUCCGUGCCCGCCAAGUGGAAGGAAAUCCAGGGCAUUUCGUAUCUGGACGCGGUCAUGCGCGAGGCCAUGCGCAUUAACCCGGGUGUUGGACUCUUGGUUGAACGCCUUGUUCCAAAGGGGGGAUUCAACCUCCCCGAUGGUCGCUUUGUGGCCGAGGGAACAAUUGUCGGUAUGAAUCCGUGGGUUGUCAACCGCGACAGCGCGGUGUUCGGUGCCGACCCCGACUCAUUUAUCCCGGAGCGCUGGCUUCAGGCCGAGGGCGAGGCCGACGAAGAAUACAAGGUCCGACUGUCGAAGAUGAAGGGCUCUGACCUGACUUUUGGAGCUGGUUCCCGCGCCUGCCUGGGUCGAUAUCUCUCCGAACUGGAGGCCUAUAAGUUUAUUGCCACCAUUUUCGCCAACUUUGACAUGGAGCUACCUAGCGCCGAUCACGAAUGGAAAAUCAUUAACUCAUGGUUUGUGAGACAGGAGAAUAUCCCGGCCACGAUCAAGGCUAGGGCGUGA